CCACUACCGGCCAGCAUCCGAGCACCAACGGAAGCACAGGCAUGAAGCUGUUUAUUUUCGCCGCCGUCCUGGCCGUGGCUGUCGCUGCUCCGUCUGACCUCUCCUACGAGCGUGACAUCAUCGAGAUCCUCAGACAGAACAUCGACCACCACGACGAUCACUCCUAUCAGCAGUCUUUCGAGACCGAAAACGGCAUCUCGGUGUCGGAGUCUGGCCAGACGGAGGAUGAUGACAGCUACAGCAUGAGCGGCCAGUUCAGCUACGUGGCCCCCGACGGCGUCACCUACACCGUGCUGUACUCGGCCGGCGAGGGCGGCUUCCAGCCGCAGGGAGACCACCUGCCCACCCCCGCGCCCACCGAGUAUCCGACCCCCGAGGUGUCCGAUGGCGACGAUGACGAGGAGACCUACGAGGCUCCUGCUGUAGAGGAGGAGGAGGAGGAGGAGGUCCGUACUGCUUACGAGCCCCAGUAUGAGCGCGUCAUUGUCGGCUACAGGUCUCGCUACAACUAGUGUCGGUUUUUUGACAGCGAUAAUCAGCAUUUCGCGUCAUCUUUGCCUUGGAAAUGAGCUAUACAUAUAACUAUUGCUUGUGUGUAGCCUGGCAUGAGUUUGUGCCCACGUUGUUUAUUUAAUAAUCAUUAUAGCCCCGCCAGGUUGUCAUGCAGCUCUUGGAAAUGUAUGCGUUCGCUGUAAACA